ACGUCGGGCCCACGAUCAGCACACGCAGUGCUCAUACAAUGUCAAUCACGUCAAGUGAUACAGGGUUAUGGCUGUUUCACACGCGAAGAGCACUCCUCAACAACACCUUGAGUUCUUUGUUGUGAUGCAGUGAAUAGAAGCAAAUUAAUGGGCCAAACAUAAUGUUUCAGGUCUAUCGACACGUAUAACGAAGCCUUAUCAUUUGCCAGCUUAGUGACCGAAGAACGUCAGCGCUCAGCCGGCCACGUCAAUAAAACCAUCGAAUACGUAUUCCAUUGUCUUGGUUAAUGUUGAUCUCACUAUAUUUCGUCACUCUGCUUGUGUUUCCCUUCGCCGCUGCUCUCGCUAGCACUGUACCCUUCAAGGGCUGCCAGCAAAAGGUGAAAGAGAGUAUCCACGGUCCACCCCCCGGGUGGUACAAGCAUGCUCCCGCACCAAAGCACGACAUGCUCGAGCUCAAGAUCGCUCUUUCUCAGCCCAGGUUCCCGGAACUUGAGCAGCACCUCUGGGAGAUAAGCGAUCCUAGCCACGCACGUUACGGGGCGUACUUGUCGAAGCAGGAGACUGAGACACUCAUGGCCCCCCACCCUGAGACUCUGGCCGUCGUCAGCGAAUGGCUUACCUUACACGGUCUGGCAGAAGAAGAAGUUAUCCAUUCAUCCGCACGCGAUUGGGUUACUAUUCGUGUCCCGGUCGGUCUCGCAGAAGAGAUGCUGGAUACUACCUACCAUGUUUAUAAACACGCUGAGACCGGAGAGAACAUCGUCAGGACUACGAGCUACAGUCUCCCUGACAUCUUGCACCAUCAUGUUGAUCUUAUUCAGCCUACGACCAUGUUCGCUCGUUUCAAGGCAUUCAAGAGCACACUGCACUGGACUAACCAGGCACAGCCUGCGACGCCAUGCCCGCCGGGCAAAACGAUCACGGGGCCUGCAGGCAAUCCCGUCGACGCGAGCUGCAACUCUACGAUCACCCUUUCUUGCUUGAGACAGUUGUAUAAUGCAGAGAACUAUAAAACAACCGCCACAAACGGCAACAAGCUGGGUAUCACUGGUUAUCUUGAACAGUAUGCCAAUAAUAAGGACCUUCAGCAAUUCUACCUGGCCCAAAAUCCUUCUGCUUACGGUUCGAAUUAUACUUUGGUUUCUAUCCAUGGCGGAAAGAACAAUCAGAGUUAUAAGGAGGCAGGUGGGGAAGCCAACCUUGACACUCAGUUUGGUUUCGGACUCGUAUGGCCCACUCCCGGAACGUUCUACACGACUGGUGGAAGGCCUCCUUACAUCCCUGACUUGGUGUACCCGAAGAAUCAAAAUGAGCCAUACACAUACUGGCUUGAACACUUACUUUCACAGAAUGAUAUUCCUCAGACAAUCUCUACCAGUUACGGUGAUAAUGAACAAACUGUCCCGUACGCCUAUGCGAGCCGUGUUUGCGCUGGUAUGGCGUCUCUCGGUGCUCGCGGUGUUUCUUUGUUGUUCUCCUCUGGUGAUGGUGGUGUCGGUGCUGGCGGUGCCGACCCUGCCACUCAGUUAUGUAAAUCCAAUGAUGGGCACAAUGUUACAAAAUUCCUACCGGCAUUCCCCGCUUCCUGCCCAUACGUGACUGCUGUUGGUGGUACUGUCAACAUCCCAGAGACUGCCGUGUCUUUUUCUGGUGGUGGAUUCAGCAACUAUUUUGCUCGUCCUGCGUACCAGGAGGCUGCUGUCUCUGAAUACUUAGCGAUGCUCGCUCCCGGCACGUUCAAAGACGUGGCAGCACAAGCAGAAAACUUCUCUGUCAUUUAUAAAGGUCAGGAGAGUCCAAUCGGUGGUACAUCCUGUUCUUCGCCCACCUUUGCCGCAUUUGUAUCCAUGCUGAACGACGCACGCAUCAAUGCUGGAAAGACUCCUCUUGGUUUUUUGAAUCCAUUGUUAUAUUCCACUGGCUACACUGCAUUAAAUGAUAUCACCCAAGGGAACAACCCGGGAUGUGGAACUUCGGGCUUCAAUGCCACUGUUGGAUGGGAUCCUGGUGAGUUCAUGAAGGCAAACAGAGUUAUGACGUGUCUACAUGCUGAUCAUAUCUGUAGUCACUGGACACGGCACACCCAACUUCGAAAAAUUGAAGGACUUGGUCUUGGCCUUGCCUUAAAUUAAAUCCACACGAAAUCCAUUCUGGUAGACAGGAUCCACGAUGGAUGUACGUGCAUCGUAUACACUCACUCCUUCACUCCUGUAGGGUUUUCACCGAACAAUUUUAUAUGAGCGAGCAAAAUCAUGUACUGAGCGGUUCAAGGCAGUAACUCGGACCGACACUACAUGAUGGACAACAAAACAAGGUCAUGCGGAGCAGGGAAGUGAUGUUGUUUUAAUCUUUCAUCUCCGCAUUCUUCUUGAGGUCUUCCCAAGUAUUCCAUAAACCAGCACAGAACAACCACUUCCGAAAGAGCGCAAGAGUACAAUUAUAUAUAGGCCCAUCAGAGCGUCUAAUCCCUUAUUCCGGCGUCCGCGCGAUCCAUCACCGCGAUCUACACGAGUCAGUAUUUCCAACAGCCCUUAUUCCACUCGCAGGCAGGCUGUGUCACUCGUAUUACA